AUGGAAUCAAAUAAAAUUCCAUCUCAUUAUUCGCUGCGUGUUAGAAAACCAAGCGACGAUCAAAAAUUAUGUAAACCUAAUUCAAAACGAAAGGCAACAAAUAAUCCCGAUUCUAAAGACGUUAAACAGCGAAAAGUUCCCGCGAAGGCUAAAAAAGUUCAAAUUUUAAAUGUGUGUAAUGAUCACAAUAAACGGAGUUUGCAAUUUCAAGUUAAUAAAACCUCGGUUGGUAAUCAUUACCAAUCUUCAGAUGAAGAGGAUAUUUCUAAGAAGUUACCAACAAACCUUCGAUCCAUCCUCCGUUCUUCAGAAACACCAAAAAAAAACCAUCGAGUUUCUUGGAACCCAGAUUUAGUCGAAGAAAUUGAUAUAACCCCCACUUUAUCGCCUCCUUUCAAUUCUAAAUCGUUAAACGAAGAUUUCGAUUUCCAUUUUAAUCAAAUUUUGGAAAUACAAUUAGACACUAAUGGACCAAAAGUAAUCGUAGAACCGAUUGAGACAGAGAUUUUUGCAGCAACUAUUUCCAAUCUAUUACUUCAACCGAUUAAUAAGAUAGAAGAUGUUCCGAUUCAAGCAGAAUUUCAAUCGCGUCUCAACGCAAAUGAAGACUUACACGACAUUAUGGAUUCAUUUUUGAACAAAUACGAGGAAGGAGACAUGGAAAUGAGAUGAAAUAAAUUGAUUAGUUAAAAAAAUUGAGACUGAUGUUGAAA